CGGCGACGCAGGGAGAACCAGGGACGACCAGGGACGACCAGCGGCUCUACGGACCAGCGGAGGCUCCAGGACGCGAUUCUCCUGCGGCUGUGCGGGUCGCUGUUCGAGUUGCCGUGCGGGUUUCCUGCGUAGAGAGUAUCAGCAUGUCGAGUGAGGUGCAGCCGAGGCCGGACGACAGCCCCAACACCAGCGGGGGCAGCUCGGAUGCUGAGCAGAGAGAAGCGCCCCCCCCGGAGCAGCCGGGCCCCGAGCAGCGGGACCAGUCCCAGCCCAAGAAGAAAGAGGCCAAAAUCUCCAGCAAGACGGCGGCCAAGCUGUCCACCAGUGCCAAGAGGAUCCAGAAGGAGCUAGCAGAGAUAACCUUGGACCCACCGCCAAACUGCAGUGCCGGUCCUAAAGGAGACAACAUCUAUGAGUGGAGGUCGACCAUCCUGGGCCCUCCGGGUUCUGUGUACGAGGGAGGAGUGUUCUUCCUGGACAUCGCCUUCACUCCAGACUACCCCUUCAAACCACCCAAGGUGACGUUCCGGACCAGGAUCUACCACUGCAACAUCAACAGUCAGGGGGUGAUCUGUCUGGACAUCCUCAAGGACAACUGGAGUCCUGCUCUCACCAUCUCCAAGGUCCUGCUGUCCAUCUGCUCCCUGCUGACCGACUGCAACCCCGCGGACCCUCUGGUGGGGAGCAUCGCCACACAGUACCUGACCAACAGAGCCGAGCACGACAGGAUAGCCAAACAGUGGACCAAGCGCUACGCCACAUAGAAGCAGGACCUGCAGGACCUCCGGCCGACGCACACACACGCACACACACACACACACACACGCACACACACCCUCAGCACGUCCCUUCCUCUGGAACCGAUGGAAGCACACCCGUCCGUCAUCCGCCCCGGCCCCGCCCCCUGUUAUAUGAACUGUUAUUUGUUCCAUGCUGACUUGAAAAGCUUCUUUUUAUACAAAGAGUCUAUUGGGAUUGUAUUUUCCAAUAUACUGAAUGUGUUAUGGUCAUGAAAAGCUUUAAUACUGUUAUGUUUUUGUCUAUGUUGUUCUUAAUGCCUUGUUUAUAACUUUCUGGCCACCCGUGUCAUCUUCUUCAUCUAAAUGCGUGAGUGUAUUAUUCCUGUUUGAUGUGAUGUAAAGGUGUUCCUGCUGAGUGAGUGUGUUUAGUUUUCUUUAUUCAUCUGGUUUGGUUCCCAGCUCAUGCAUGGUAUCCAGAGAUGUGUUCCUGCAGACUCGUGGCCUGGAGUGAGCUGUUCAUGUCUGACUAGUGGCUAGUUUGCUGUACAGAGACAUGCUCAUUGAAUCCCCGAUUAAACACUGGCUGUAAUGUGUGGGCCUCGUCUCAGACUGGUGCUUCGGUACGACUGCUGUUCCAGCGCGUCUCUCUGACCACGUCCCGUCAGAGAUGAGACGAGCUGCUGUCGGCUCACCGCAGGGAGCAGGAGGAUUCAGAGGUUCUUUUUGUGAUAUUUUUAUUAUCCAUUGAAGUGAAGUGGCUACGUCAAACACCCUGAACCUGCUUCUGAGUGAUAAUUGUGGUAACGGAACUCACACUCGGUUCUGUUGUCAACCAGUGUUUCCUGUUUCUUCUCCAGGAUGUCGGAUGAACACAAGCUCUGAGAAAAUAAAGACAACAAAGACUUG